AUGGCCUACAACUCCUUGACCGUUCUCUGGCCUACAAUUAUCAGCACACUGUACACCGCAUAUUCCAUCAAAGUUGGCUGGCAAAGCUGCGUGAGUGGUGGUGGAGUUGUUCUGGGCCAGGCUAUGUCAGGUCUCGCUAUCGCCUAUGUUCCUCGCCUCAAGGUCCAGUGCACUGCUGCUCUUGUCAUGACUUUCAUCACGUCAACGUCUUCCAUUUCUCCUGACCGGUGGGGAACCCCAGAUAUCGGGAUAGCGUCUGGUAUUCUUGUCCUCGGGGGUGCCAUUUUUCAGGCUGUGUAUGUCGCUAUUCUCGGCAACGAGUUCCCGAGGAAGAUUCACAAGUAUGUGAUCCCGGCUGCAACUAGAUCUGGCCUGCCAACCAAGUCCCUACCUUCACUCUUUGAGACUAUUAACAAAGGCGAUUACUCAGAUGUACCCGGUCUAGGGGAGGAAAGAAAACUCGGGACCUUAACCCUAAGUGAUGAGAAUAUUAGGUUUGGUGUUUUCUUGCCCCCUGAGGCCGGUAGCAACAAGGCCAUCGUUGACUCAGUCGGAGAUGCCGUUGUCAAAGCCUACACCAGCGCUACACUAUGUCUUCUACGCUACUAUACCGUUCUCAUGCAUCAUGCUUGUCGCCGCUUUCGAUAA